AUGGGAGGAGUCUCCCAUGUCGUCGGUUGGGGGUACCGAGCGUCAGACCAGAGGCGGUGGGCCGUGCUCCACCCCGCCUGCGGAGGUCGGCAGCAGUCUCCAAUUGCUAUAGCAGCUAGACAAGCAAUCCCCAUUUCUAUACCGGCUAUGGAACUCAUUGGCUACCAAAAUCCUCUGCCGGGACCAUUGACUGUAACUAACAAUGGGCAUUCUGUGGCCCUAACAAUCCCCAAGUACAGUUCCGAGGAAGAUAAGAAGGGGUUCCGUCUACCGUAUAUUUUCGGUGGGCCCCUCGAUACUGAGUACGAGAUCGAGGGUCUCCACUUCCACUGGGGCGACAAGAACAACCGCGGCUCUGAGCACACCCUGAACGAUAUGCGUCUCCCUCUUGAAAUGCACAUCAUACACAGGAACAAAAAAUACAGGAGUUUAGCAGAGGCUCUCCAGCAUCCCGAUGGUUUAUGCGUCCUUGCUUUCUUCUAUCAGGUUGUAGAGUUCGAUGCGAAACUCCUCACUCCCAUCGUAAAGAACUUAUCAGCUAUAGAGAACUACAACACCAGUAUGCAGCUGCCCCAUACCUUCUCCUUGUCAUCGAUACUCUCAGGCCUGGAUACUGAGAGGUUCUACACGUACAAGGGUUCCCUGACAACCCCUCCUUGCGCUGAAGCUGUGACAUGGGUCGUGUUCUCGGAUUACCUGCCGAUUUCUGUAUUCCAGAUGGACAACUUCCGCGGCCUUCUCUCCAACCUGAACCUACCUCUCGUGGACAACUUCAGACAGCUGCAACCGCUCUUCGGGCGCCGCGUCUUCGUCCGCAUCACGUCAAAGAAUCCCAAAUUCAAGAAAACCAAACUCCACUACUCCAAAUGGGACUGGGUUGGCCAUAAAAAGACGGAAAAUGACGUCACUGACUUCGACGAUUAAUAAAUAGGAAACAUAUAUUUCCUUCACAUUCUCUAAAUACGGGUAAUUAACUCACUUGUCUAUACCAAAUACUGCAUGAUUGUUACCAUGUUUUUGUUAUAUAUGGUUGUGCACUUUAUAAUGUAUAUAUAUGUGAAUAUUAGGUAUACGUAUAA